AUGGACUGUAAGAUGAAAACCACCGAAUACCAGCGGCUGGAGCCUCCUCAGGAGCUGAUAUGGCUCUCGUUCUUGAGAAAGAGCGAUCGUCGUUCUUGCUGCUGCCAGACUCAAGAGGAGCCAGUGGUGCUGACAGAUACAAAUCUGGUUUAUCCUGCUCUGAAAUGGGACCUGGACUACCUGCAGGAAAACAUUGGCAAUGGGGACUUCUCAGUGUAUAGUGCCAGCACACACAAGUUUUUGUACUAUGAUGAGAAGAAGAUGGCAAAUUUUAAGAACUUCAAACCCAAGUCGAGCAGAGAAGAGAUGAAGUUUGCUGAGUUUGUGGACAGACUCAAAGAAAUACAACAAAAAGGAAGUGCUGAGAGGCUAUAUCUGCAGCAAACCCUGAAUGACACAGUUGGAAGGAAGAUUGUGGUGGAUUUCCUUGGCUUCAACUGGAACUGGAUUAACAAGCAGCAGGGGAAGCGUGGCUGGGGUCAAUUGACCUCCAACUUGCUUCUUAUUGGAAUGGAAGGGAAUGUGACACCAGCUCAUUAUGAUGAACAGCAGAACUUCUUUGCUCAGAUUAAGGGUUACAAGAGGUGUAUCCUGUUCCCUCCUGAUCAGUUUGAAUGCCUCUACCCUUAUCCUGUGCACCAUCCAUGUGACAGACAGAGCCAGGUGGACUUUGACAAUCCUGACUAUGAGAAGUUUCCAAACUUCCGGAGUGUGGUUGGCUAUGAGACAGUGGUGGGUCCAGGGGAUGUGCUAUACAUACCUAUGUACUGGUGGCACCACAUUGAGUCUCUCUUGAAUGGAGGGAUCACCAUCACUGUGAACUUCUGGUAUAAGGGUGCCCCAACCCCAAAGAGAAUUGAAUAUCCAUUAAAGGCUCAUCAGAAAGUCGCAAUCAUGAGGAACAUUGAGAAGAUGUUGGGAGAAGCCUUAGGAAAUCCACAAGAGGUGGGUCCCUUGUUGAAUAUGAUGAUUAAGGGACGGUAUGACUAAUGCCUGGCUGUCGGGUGACUGAUGUUGGAGCUGCUUUUUUCACAAGCAAUGGAAGAUACUGAGCGCUAGUAUUGCACGCAGCACUUAACAGACUGGAGGGGUUUCCUGGCCCAUCCUUGCCCCACUACAAUAAAGGGGGCUACUGGAACUGCAAACCCAUUAGUACCCCGUUCAUCCUCCAAUCUCAUCUAACCGAACCUCCCAAGAAAGAGCCUGCACUUACUGGAAGCUGGAUUCAUGCUCACCAGUUUGUUUUUUCUCCCUCUGCCCUGUUUGCUACAACAAGGAUCAUGGCUUCUGGCACUUGGAUGUGUCACUUCAGGAUUUUCAGGCAUUUGAAGAAGACUGGAGGAGAAUCAGGAGUGAUCUUGUGUCCUCAGCCUUGUGGGGCUUGGGCCUCCUGUUUGGGUUUGUGUUGGUGGAUGUAAGAUGGGAAGUGAUAGGCUUCACAGUCCUCUGUUGUUAGAGGACCUGUCCAUGCUCAUCUCUGGCACCUCUCUGUAUGAUGGAAAUGAACAUGUGAGCUGGCCUGUGUAUG